AUGGAGCUAGUCAAGCCACCGGAGCAUCUGCAUCUUUCCGGAUCAUCCGAUAACAUCGCGAAGAAUUGGAACCUGUUCAUCCAGAAGUUCCAACUGUUCCUACAAGCGACAGCAUCUACGAAAGAACCAAGGUCAGAAGCUGUCAGGGCUGCGCUGCUGCUUAGUGUUGCUGGGGACGAUGCACUUGAGGUGUUUAACAACUUCACCUUUCUGGAGGCGGAACGCAAGGAUGAUUACACGACGGUCGUGCGGAAGUUUGAAGAGUACUGUGAAGAACAGCAAAACGAAGUCUAUGAGAGAGUCGGCAUUGGUAUCUUUCAGCAUGGGGGAAGCUCGUACUUGUGCGUGUUCGAUGCGCAGUCAAACUUCCCGGAAGGGGAAAAACUCGGCGACACCACGUCGAGCACGGUCGUUGCCAAACUAAGCUGCAUUUUUGAGCGAUAUGGAAUCACAGUUGAAGUAUGCAGUGACAACGGCCUCCAGUUCGCGUCUCACGAGUUUGCCACCUUUGCGUCCAGGUACGAUUUCAAGCACGUGACAUCUAGUCCUGGCUUCCCACAGUCCAAUGGACUAGCGGAGAAAGGCGUCCAGAUAGUGAAACGGAUCAUGAAAAAAACACAAGAAAAUCACGACGACUUCUGGCUGGGCCUGCUCAGCUACCGAUCUACACCACUGGAGCACGGUCGUUCCCCGGGUGAGCUGUUGCAAGGCAGGAGACUACGAACCAGGCUUCGAGACUUCAGCUCGCAACCUAAAAAUUUUGUGUCUAAGCAUAGACAACUUGGCGCCCACAAAAAGGACCUACCAGUACUCCGAAAAGGGGAGGUGGUGAGGAUCCGAGAUAAACCAUGGAUCCGCAAAGCACAGGUCGUGGGACCGGCAGCGUCGAGGUCCUAUCGCAUUGUUACGGAAGAUGACCAAGUACUUCGUCGGAAUCGGAGACACCUGAUUCCAACGCGUGAGCGAUUUCGGCACGAUGACCUCGACAGCGAUGAGCCGGAAAGCGAGGACGACCAGGCGGUAACAUCCCCAACUGGACUGCAAGCAAACCCGACUCUAUUUACAACACCGAUUCCAAGGCAGUCUAGGAGGAUAACUCGUCAGCCAAGACGGCUGCAGUAA